GACAAAAGGUUCUUCAAGCAUCACUCCAUCUGGCACUCAGAAGAAGGUGAAGAGGACUCUGCCCAACCCACCUCCAGAGGAAGCAACAGCAGGAACUCAGUCACCAUAUACUUCUGUGGGAUCAGUUUCACGCAGACGGAUUUGUAGGACCACCACUAUGGCCAGAGCCAAAAUUCUUCAGGAUAUAGACAGAGAAUUGGAUCUGGUUGAACGGGAAUCAGCCAAGCUUAGGAAGAAGCAAGCAGAGCUAGAUGAGGAGGAAAAAGAAAUAGAUGCCAAACUGAGGUACUUGGAAAUGGGCAUUAAUAGGAGGAAAGAAGCCUUAUUAAAAGAAAGAGAAAAGAGAGAACGUGCCUAUCUCCAAGGAGUAGCGGAAGAACGUGAUUAUAUGUCAGACAGUGAAGUUAAUAAUACCAGGUCAACCAGAAUAGAAACUCAACACGGCUUGGAAAGACCACGUACUGCACCCCAGACAGAAUUUAAUCAGUUUAUGCCACCACAGACCCAGCCCGAGACACAGUUUGCCCCUGCUACAAGCCCAUAUGCUCAGUAUCAAUAUUCAUCUCCUGCUCUGCCUACGCAAGCACCAACUCAGUUCACACAGCAGUCACAUUACCAACAACAGCAGCCUUUGUAUCACCAGCAGGUUUCCCCCUAUCAGACCCAGACAGCUUUCCAAACAGGAGCUACUAUGUCCUUUACUCCACAGGCUCAACCUCCACCAACUCAACAGCCAUCCUAUCAACUCUCAUCACAGAUGAUGGUGAUACAGCCAAAGCCAAGACAAACUCCAUUAUAUUUGGAGCCUAAGAUAACAACAAACUAUGAUGUGAUUCGCAAUCAACCUCUCAUGAUAGCACCAGUUUCAACUGACAAUAAUUAUGCAGUAUCCCAGCUGGGCAGUAAGUACACUACCUUGGACUUAAGGAUGGGAUUAGAUGAGAGAAACAGCAUAGCAAGCAGCCCUAUAUCAAGCAUAUCUGCAGAUUCAUUCUAUGCAGAUAUAGACCACCACCAUACACCCCGAAAUUAUGUGCUGAUUGAUGAUAUAGGUGAGCUUACGAAAGGAACAGGAACACUUGGUUCUGGUUUUAGCCUCCAUGAAAAAGAUCUAACCAAAACAGAUCGACUGCUUCGCACAACUGAGGCCAGGAGAGCACAAGAAGUAUCAGACUUCCUAGCACCACUGCAGACUUCUUCUAGGUUACAUUCCUAUGUUAAAGCUGAUGAAGACCCAAUGGAGGACCCUUAUGAGCUCAAACUUCUGAAACACCAGAUAAAGCAGGAGUUCCGUAGAGGUGCAGAAAGUCUUGAUCACUUGGCUGGCCUAUCACAGUAUUACCACCCGGAGGGCAGCUUCAGGCACUUUCCCAAGUCUGAGAAAUAUAGCAUAGGUAGGCUUACCCUUGAGAAACAGGCUGCUAAGCAGCUUCCAGCAGCCCUCCUUUACCAGAAGCAGUCAAAACACAAGAAAGCUUUGAUAGAUCCCAAACUAACAAAGUUUUCACCUAUCCAAGAAAGUAGAGACCUUGAGCCUGACUAUUCAACCUACAUGACUUCAUCAAGCACGUCAUCACUUGGGGGAAUUACUACUAGGGCAAGGCUUCUUCAGGAUGAUAUAACUUUUGGCCUUAGAAAAAACAUCACUGACCAACAAAAAUACAUGGGGGCACCACUAACUUCAUCCAUUGGUGCAGGCCUUGGGGCUGCACUAGGUCCAACAAUGAGAUCCACAUUACAAGAUGAAGCAGACAAGUCUUAUAGCAGUGGUAGUAGAUCUAGACCCUCAUCCCGACCCUCCUCAGUAUAUGGGCUUGAUUUGUCUUUGAAAAGGGAUUCUUCCAGUUCUUCUUUAAGACUAAAAGCCCAAGAAGCUGAACCCCUAGAUGUUUCAUUUAGCCAUGCAGCACCUUCUGGAAGAACUAAACCCACCAGUCUACCUAUUAGCCAAAGCAGGGGAAGGAUCCCGAUUGUAGCACAGAACUCAGAGGAAGAAAGCCCGCUAAGUCCCGUUGGCCAACCAAUGGGAAUGGCAAGAGCAGCAGCUGGACCCUUGCCACCAAUAUCUGCAGAUACCAGGGACCAGUUUGGAUCAAGCCAUUCAUUACCUGAGGUCCAGCAACAUAUGAGGGAGGAGUCACGGACUCGAGGCUAUGAUCGAGAUAUAGCCUUCAUCAUGGAUGACUUCCAGCAUGCCAUGUCAGACAGUGAAGCCUAUCAUCUGCGUCGUGAAGAAACAGAUUGGUUUGACAAGCCCAGGGAAUCUCGUUUGGAGAAUGGACAUGGCCUCGACAGAAGGCUGCCCGAGAAGUUGUCCCACUCUCGACCACCAAGUCAACACCAAGAUCAAAUAAGCUGCCAAAUAAAUGGGAAGCCCCUGCAGUACCUUUUCCCUCAUGCAAGACUCAAACUACUGAGAGACCCAAAGGAUCACACAGUUUCAGGCUCGCUGUAUCUCUUGAGACUGGGUGGGAUGCAGUUAAUGAUUGCUAUCUCUAAAUUUAGUUCCCUACAAGUAGGUAUCUGGCUUCAUGUUACAGUACAGGAAUGGCUGUGCUUAAACUGUCAGACCCAAAGGGCAAUGUCAGGACAACUUGGGGAUAUGGGCAAGGUGCCACUUCCAAAACUAGGCCCUUCGCAACCAGUAUCCAAACCACCUGCGACUCCUCAAAAACAGCCUGUGCCUGCUGUCUCACAUUCCCCACAGAAGACUUCCACACCGCCUACUCCAGCAGCCACAAAACCUAAAGAAGAACCAAGCGUUCCAAAGGAAGUUCCAAAACUUCAGCAAGGGAAAUUUGAAAAAACAUUGUCAGCUGAUAAAAGCCAGCAAGGAAUUCAGAAAGAAGAUGCAAAAUCUAAGCAGGGCAAACUUUUCAAGACACCUUCAUCUGAUAAAAUACAACGUGUCUCCCAGAAGGAAGACUCAAGACUCCAGCAAACAAAACUGACAAAGACACCAUCAUCUGAUAAAAUUUUGCAUGGAGUUCAAAAGGAGGACAUAAAACUUCAAGAGGCAAAAUUGGCAAAGAUACCCUCAGCUGACAAAAUUUUACAUGGAGUUCAGAAAGAAGGCCCAAAACUCCAACAGAUGAAAAUGGCAAAGGCAUUAUCAGCAGACAAAAUCCAACCUGCAACUCAGAAAGAGGAUGUACAACUUCAGGAAAUUAGAUUGUCCAAGGCAGUUUCAGCUGAUAAAAUUCAACAUGGAAUUCAGAAAGAUCUAAGUCUUCAACAUGUGAAAAUUGAGAAAACUUCUUCAGUGGAGAAAAUCCAACAAGAAGAUCAAAAAGAACCAAAACUUCAGCAAGAUAAGCUGCCAAAGACACUUUCAGAAGAUAAAAUUCCCGCAACAGUAAGUUCAGAUCAAAAGAAACCUUUAAGCAAAUCUGAAGAAGAUAAAAAACCUGAGCUCCUGGAAAAAAGUACUCCACAUCCAGAGGACAAAAAAGAGCAAAUUACAGCUGAGACAAAAGAGCACGUUACUGAACAGAAAGUGGAAGUUGAAGCACCUUGUGACAAACUGCAUGGAAAGAAGCAAGAGGAUGUUAAGAAAGAGGAUUUGACAACUGGAAUUCCACAGAUGGUUUCAAAAACUGAAAAAGUGGAGGAAGAAAAAACUCCUGUUCCAGUGUCACGUCUGCCAAGAUCUGACCAUGUGGAUGCAGUGAGAGAAAAAAUAGAAAAGGAGGAUGACAAAUCAGAUACAUCAAGCUCUCAGCAACAGAAAAGUCCACAAGGUCUGAGUGACACCGGGUAUUCUUCUGAUGGGAUAUCAAGUUCACUUGGUGAAAUUCCAAGUCAUAUCCCCAGUGAUGAAAAGGACUUACCCAGAGAACCUAGUCAAAAAGACACUAUUUCACAAGAAAGUCCACCGAGCCCCUCAGAUCUAGCUAAAUUAGAAAGUACUGUCCUUUCUAUUUUGGAAGCUCAGGCAAGUACACUUGCUGAUGAAAAAUCUUUGAAAAGGAAAGAACUUUAUGAAGCAUACAGUGAACAGACAAAGGAUCAGCAUAAAACAAAGCCUUUGCCAGUUACUCCAGAGUCUUACAGUUCUGAUGAGGAAGACUUAAAAGCUACUCAAGAAGGUGAAAGAACCAUUGCAGCAGAUAGCAAGGGAGGUGCUUCGUCCCAAACUGACUACAAGGAAGAAGAUGGAGGAGAUGACACACCAGCAAGAAGACAACGCUAUGAUUCUGUGGAAGACAGCAGUGAGAGUGAAAACUCACCUGUACCAAGGAGAAAAAGAAGAGCUAGUGUUGGCUCUUCAAGUAGUGAUGAGUACAAACGAGAUGACAGUCAGGGAUCUGGUGAUGAAGAAGACUUCAUUAGAAAACAAAUUAUAGAGAUGAGUGCUGAUGAAGAUGCCUCAGGUUCUGAAGAUGAUGAAUUCAUUAGAACUCAACUCAAAGAGAUCAGUGUAACUGAAAGCCAAAAGAAAGAAGAAGUGAAAAGCAAAGCCAAAGGAACAGCAGGAAAACAUAGGAGAAUGGCACGGAAAAGUAGUGCAGGCUAUGAUGAGGAUGCAGGAAGACGACAUUCAUGGCAUGAUGAUGAUGAUGAGACUUUUGAUGAAAGCCCAGAGCCAAAAUACAGGGAAACUAAAAGUCAAGAUGGUGAAGAACUUGCUAUAAGUGGAGGAGGAGGCCUUCGGCGUUUCAAAACAAUAGAAUUAAAUAGUACAAUAACAAGCAAAUAUUCUGAGACACCUGAACAACAGAAGGGUAUUUUGUAUUUUGAUGAAGAGCCUGAGCUAGAGAUGGAGAGUCUUACAGAUUCACCUGAAGAUAGAUCUAGAGGAGAAGGGUCUUCUAGUUUACAUGCUUCUAGUUUCACACCAGGUACAUCACCUACUUCAGUAUCAUCACUUGAUGAAGACAGUGACAGCAGUCCUAGUCACAAAAACGGAGGCGAGAGCAAACAGCAGCGCAAAGCUAGGCAUCGGUCUCAUGGUCCACUUCUUCCAACUAUUGAAGAUUCUUCAGAAGAAGAAGAACUACGGGAAGAAGAGGAACUGCUAAAGGAACAAGAGAAACAGCGUGAGCUAGAACAGCAACAAAGAAAAAGUUCUAGCAAAAAAUCUAAAAAGGACAAGGAUGAACUGAGAGCUCAGAGAAGAAGAGAGCGUCCAAAGACUCCUCCAAGCAAUCUUUCUCCCAUUGAAGAUGCCUCUCCAACAGAAGAAUUACGACAGGCAGCAGAAAUGGAAGAGUUGCACAGAUCUUCCUGUUCGGAGUACUCACCUAGUAUUGAAUCAGAUCCUGAAGGAUUUGAAAUCAGCCCAGAAAAAAUAAUAGAAGUACAAAAAGUUUACAAAUUGCCUACUGCUGUCUCUCUAUACUCACCAACAGAUGAAAAACUAAUUGGAGUCCUAAAAGAGGAAAGUGGUCAAAAGACACUGAAAAGUGCUGAAGAGGUAUAUGAGGAAAUGAUUCAUAAGACCCACAAGUCCAAGUCUUUUCAAAUUACGAGCGAAAAAGAUGAGGUAUUUGAAAAAGAAUCUUUAUAUGGUGGAAUGCUGAUAGAGGAUUAUAUUUAUGAGUCUUUAAUAGAGGAUACUUACAAUGGAACUGUUGAUACUAAUCUUGGAAUGAGACAAGAUGAGAAUAAUGAAUAUUUACAGCAGAGAGGAAAAGAGAAAAAAAUAAGAGCUUCAGAACAGAUCUAUGAUGAACCACAGAAAAUUACUGAUCUACAGGAAGACUAUUAUAGUGUAGAGUCUUUAUGUUCAAUUGUGCCUCAAGAAGAUAUUGUUUCUAGUUCUUAUAUUAUUCCAGAAAGUCAUGAAAUAGUUGUAUUAGACAGCACAGUAACUUCCACCACUGAAGAAAAGCAGUUGUUAGAUGCAGAAGCUGCUUAUGAGGAGCUUAUGAAAAAACAAAGAAUGCAGCUAACUCCUGGGUCCAGUCCAACACAGCCAACUUCAGAUUUUGCUCCUGCAUCUGAUACGAAGGUAUCUAGUAUUGGAGAAAUGGCAGAUAGCACAUCUUUAACAUCAAGCACCACUUCAGCAAUCUCAGAUGUAUCAUCUCUCAGUAGCAUAGCACUUUCUAUUCCAGAUGUUAAAAUAACACAGCAUUUUACAGCAGAGGAAAUCGAAGACGAAUACUUAACAGAUUAUGCUAGAGAAAUUCAAGAAAUAAUUUCUCAUGAAACAUCGAUGUUGACAUAUUCUGAGAUAUCAGAAGGUGCUGCAUCAAUUUUACCUUCUGAUACAGCUUCCUUAACAUCAUCUACAUCUUCUGUUUGCACCACAGACAGUUCAUCACCUAUAGAUAGUGCAACCACAAGUUAUGUAGAUACAGCAGAUGCUGUAAGUAAACUAGCAGAUUCUGAAGACAUAAUAGCCCAAGUUCCCUUUACAUCUACAGAAGAGUACUCUGAAGUGAGCAUGCCUUAUGAAUCUGUUGCCGGAGCCACUAAAAGGCCAACUAUAGCCUCAGAUAUGGAUACUGUGCAUCAAGCUGCAGUUUGUUUGCCUGAAACUGCACCUUCAGUAUUCACCACUACAGUUGCAAAAUCCAAGCAGUAUGCAGCUGAUACCAUUACUUAUGAUAUCUCCUCAGCAGAAAAGGAUGCAGCUAGAAAAAUGAAAAGUACAGUAGAGGCUGGCAUUGUCAAAAUUCAUCAUGAAGAUUCACACAAAGAAUCGAGUCUUGAUAUGACAAGGGUUAACUUGACUGGUGCUACGUCUGAUCAACCACCCAUAUGUGUAGCAUCAGUUUCAGUUAAAGAGCCUGCAUCAGAAACACCUUCUGUACCUACACCCAGAGUUGUAAGUAAGACCAGCAUAGUCUCCAUGCCUUCCUCAGCUCCUGCUCUAACAUCCAAAGUAUUUUCACUUUUUAGAAGCUCUUCUUUGGAUUCUCCUGCACAACCUUCUCCACCUCCACCCCCACCACCACCACCUCCUCCUCCUCCGCCUUUACCUCCACCUAUUUUACCCAAACCAGCCAUUUAUCCCAAAAAGAAGUCACAGAUUCAGGCUCCCAUGGCAACAGUUCCCACAACAGUACCUUUAACAAGUGUUGCUACACUGGAAUCCGCAGCUGUAUUAAAGAAUCAUGUGGUACCUAUCACAAAAACAUACACCUCAACACCACCUCCUGUACCACCCAAGCCGUCCUCUAUUCCAGCAGGGCUCGUUUUCAGUCACAGGCCUACUGAAGUAACUAAACCUCCAAUUGCUCCUAAACCAGCAGUUCCUCCACUCCCAAUAGCUGUUCAUAAGCCAGCAGAAACACAGCCCAAACCAUUAGGUUUGUCAUUGACAUCAAGUAUGACUCUGAAUUUGGUCUCUUCAUCUGAAUACAAAAUAGCAUCUCCCACAUCCCCUUUAUCUCCACACUCUAACAAAUCUUCACCAAGGUUGGCAAAACCCUCACAGGAAACUUAUGUUGUCAUCACAUUGCCAUCUGAGCCUGGAACUCCCACAGAAGCUAUCACUAGCCAGGCUGUUACCAGCUGGCCUUUAGAAGCACCUUCUAAAGAACAGAUUCCCCAGCCUAUGCAACCAAUUUUUACUUCAUCCAUGAAAGCUGUGGAAAUUCAAAGUAUGGCAGAUCAGAGUAUGUAUAUUACAGGUGCUUUGCAAACUAUUCCUAUGACCACACAAUCAACUUUUGAAAAAGUAUCUAGUUCAAAAUCAGAAGCAGUAACAACAGAGGUAGCCAAAACCACAGUGUCUGUAGUGAAGCGCCCAGUGCCCAGUGUUGGUUUAGGCAGUGUUGCUAUUAGUAUACCUCCAGAGCCAAUAUAUAUAACAGAUCAACCCAGGUACAGAGAGAAUGGAAAAUUCCAUCCUUUGGGUGAUGUCAUUGAUCUUCGCACUUUAACUAAGAUGGAUAUUGAAAUGAGGGACAGCUGUAUGGAUCUGUCUUCUGUUUCCAUGGAUGCAAGAAGGCAAAUGCCCUCAGGUGAUGCAUCUGGGAGGCCAGUAAGUACUGUUCAGCCAGCCAUAAUAAAUCUUAGUACUGCAUGCGUUGCAGAUCCUUCUCUGUCUAUAGUCACUGAGACAGUAGCUGUCAUGACCUGCACUGCCACUGUAAGCUACUCUGCCAGCACAGACAGCCUUGUGGAUCUGGGACAUGCAAUGACAACUCCACUGCAGCUAACAACAUCAAAACAUUUUGAGCCUGCAUACAGAGUAACAAGCAGCCAGCCUUUCCCUAUAAGUAGAGAUGAAGUGCCAAUAAAUUUAUCCCUAGGUACUUCAACACAUGCAGUGACAUGGGCUGCUACAAAGCCUGUUACUGUACCACCAGUUAAUGUCACAAAUGGUUGGACUGAUCUCUCCACUUCUCAAGAGCCGAUGGAGGUUGGAGCAGUUGACCUCAGCACUACAAAAUCUCACAGAACAGUUGUAACAAUGGAUGAAACUACUUCAGGUAUCAUAACUACAGUAAUAGAAGAUGAUGAAAAGCCUGUGGACCUGACUGCAGGGAGAAGAGCUGUCUGCUGUGAUAUGGUUUAUAAACUGCCAUUUGGUAGAAGCUGUACAGCCCAGCAACCUCCAACUACACUUCCUGAGGACCGAUUUGGUUACAGGGAUGACCACUAUCAAUAUGAUCGUUCAGGGUCAUAUGGCUACCGAGGAAUGGGAGGUAUGAAACCAUCUAUGUCUGACACAAAUUUAUCAGAAGCUGGAUUGUUUGCAUAUAAAAGCAAGAAUAGCUUUGAUUAUCGAGUUGGGGCAACUGAUGCAGCAGUAGAUCUUACUUCUGGAAGAGUUACUUCAGGUGAGGUUAUGGAUUACUCAAGCAAGACCACUGGUCCUUACCCAGAGACUCGACAGGUAAUUUCUGGCAUCGGGAUCAGUACACCACAGUAUUCCCAAGCAAGAAUGGUAUCAUCCCUCAGUUCCCCAUUCGGCGCUGGAAGUGUUUUAAGAUCAUCCAAUGGUGUUGUUUAUUCUUCAGUAGCAACUCCAAUCCCAUCUACAUUUGCCAUCACUACACAACCUGGUUCUAUUUUCAGUACUACUGUCAGAGAUUUACCUACUCUCCAAACAAUUGAUUCAGUGCCCUCAUUAUCAACUUUGCAACAAAAUCAACCACUUCCAAGAUCAUACAGUUUCUUGACAACAAUGGCAGCUGAAAAAGAUGCAAGUGCUACUCUUGAUAUUGAGACAGGCUUACCACCUCUUACUCUAGAAGCUAUUGCCACUGAGCCAACCAACUUAAUACCUGCUACAGCAUCUGAAGUUUAUACAGAUGUAAUCGAAGAUGAGGUUGCUCUUAUCAUUGCCCCUGAAGAAGGCAAACAGCAGCAGCUUGAUUUGGAGCGUGAACUUCUUGAACUCGAGAAAAUUAAACAACAACGCUUUGCUGAAGAGCUAGAAUGGGAACGUCAGGAAAUUCAAAGAUUUAGGGAACAAGAGAAAUUUAUGGUGCAAAAAAAGCUUGAGGAGCUGCAAUCCAUGAAACAUCAUCUCUUAUUUCAGCAAGAGGAAGAACGGCAAGCUCAGUAUAUGAUGAGACAAGAGACAUUAGCCCAGCAACAGUUGCAACUUGAACAAUUCCAACAACUUCAACAACAGCUCCACCAACAGUUAGAGGAACAAAAAAUUCGACAAAUAUAUCAAUAUGGUUAUGAUCCUUCAGGAACUGGCUCUCCACAAACAACCACAGAUCAAGCCCUUUUGGAAGGACAGUAUGCAACCACAGAAAAUGGCCAAUUUUGGCCUACUGAUGAUGCAACCACUACAGCUUCAGGAGUGCUGGGUAUUGAAAUUCCACAAAGCCAAACUUGGUAUACAGUUCAGUCAGAUGGUAUUACCCAAUACAUACCUAGGUCUGGUAUCCUGAGCUCUGUUUCAGAAAUGUCUCUGAAAGAUAUUGAUAUUAGAGAGGAGAAGCAAUUGAAAAAGAGAAGUUCAAUGCCAAAAUUACGUGGUCCCUAUGAGGAGCUGGAGGAGUCUCUGGAAGAAGAGCCCAGAUGCUACAAAAAGAUAGUGGACAGUGGAGUGCAAACUGAUGAUGAGGACGGAGCAGACAGAGGUUACACAAACAGGAGACGAAGAACUAAGAAGAGUGUUGAUACAAGUGUCCAGACAGAUGAUGAAGAUCAAGAUGAAUGGGAUCUUUCUAGCAGAUCUAGAAGAAAGCCUCGUGUAGGGAAAUACAGUGAGAGUACUACAGAGGCAGACAAUGCCAAACAAUUCUCCAAAGUGUCUAGUAUUGCAGUUCAGACAGUAGCAGAGAUUUCAGUACAAACAGAACCUGUAGGAACAAUAAGAACACCUUCAAUCAGGGCUCGAUUGGAUGCUAAGGUUGAAAUCAUAAAACACAUUUCAGCUCCAGAAAAGACAUAUAAAGGAGAAAGUUUGGGGUGUCAAACAGAGACAGAGUCAGACAAUCAGAGUCCCCAGUAUUUGUCAGCUUCAUCCCCUCAGAAAGAUAAAAAACGCCCAACACCAUUAGAAAUAGGCUACUCAUCUCACCUUCGUCCGGACUCCACCCUGCAGGUAGUCCCUUCCCCUCCCAAAUCUCCCAAAGUUCUCUAUUCACCCAUUUCACCUGUUUCACCAAGCAAAGUUAUAGAGUCAGCAUUUGUACCAUACGAAAAAUCCAUCACUGAUGACAUCAGCCCUCAGAAGAUGCUCCAUGCUGACAUUGCCAAGGUUCCUCCAUCAAGCCCAAAGGCAGCAAAGAUGAUGCAGCGCUCUAUGUCUGAUCCUAAGCCCCUGAGUCCCACAGCAGAAGACAGUUCCAGAGCUCAGUUUCAGUACACUGAGGGUUUCAUGAAAGACAUAUUACCAGAGCACUUACUACUUAUGAACUCAACUAAUGCCUUGGGUUACCGCAAAUGUGCCCAAGAUCUUGCAAAAGUUAACAAGAAUUAA